AAGAAAUAUUGUUCGUUAUUGGUGAUAUAUUGUGAAAAUUACAAUGGAAUUGAAAAUAUUUCAAACUUGAUGGUGUCGGUUAGUUAAAAGUUGGCUAGUAGGUACAUAACUUAUUGUUUGAGAUUAUUUAUAUCGUAAUGGAUGUCGAGCGGUGUGGUUUGUGAUAUAUUGGGUCUUGAUGGAGCAAUAUGGACAGUAUGGCGUCCAACGUGUCGUUACGUAGCAAACGGAAAGACAAUCUUAUUGCACGGAAGCAGGACAAGAGUCCGGAGAAGACUAUCAGGGGCACAAGAGGCGCGUACAGGGGCAUCCCUUCCACAUCGAAGCGCGAUGAGGACACCGACGGGUCCACGGAGCGGUUGGACAGACCCAAGAAGUUCAUGUCCCAGAACAAGAGCACUUAUGGGCUGGGCAAGAGGCCGGACUUCUCCUUGAAGAACCGCAACGUGCAUUUGGCCUCCUCACGAUAUGGACAGAUGACAUCAGGCCUGCACGGCCACGGCCACCAGAUCUCGCAGCCGGCGCAUCACCUCGACUCCACCGUCUUACCAGCCAAAGAGAAGACCGUGCAUGGCAAGGAAAAAACCUUCAAGGUGGUGAUGGGAGGUGAGGUGGGUGUGAUGAAAACUCCGGUGCUGGGCCAGCGGCCGUACAACGCGCUGGCCAUCAUACACACCCAGCAGAGCAACACCUUCGACAUGCUCAACUCGCUCACCACCAGCGUUGCCAGCCAACCCGUGGUGGGAGUGGGCGGCUACCGACGCCGCAGCUCCGGCCAGGGCGCGAUGUGCGACCCGGAACUAGAUGACAGCGGCAACAAACUGGUCGCCCGGCUCGAGGACGACGCCUUCAUUUCUGAACAAGAUCUGGAGGAGAACAUAGAGGCCACAGAGAAAGGCCUCCCCCACGCCCCGACCGAUACCACAGAGGAACAAGAGCAGAAACCACAGAACGGAGUUUACGAUCGGUUCGAGCUAGAGAAGUUAGAGGAUAAAGACAAAGAGAAAAUCGACAAUGAAGAUGAGGAAGAACCUAUAGGAGUGUCCCCAUGUGGAAGGUUUUUCAAAUACGACAAGGAAGUCGGUCGGGGGUCUUUUAAAACCGUCUACCACGGUCUCGACACUCAAACCGGAGUCGCCGUUGCUUGGUGCGAGUUGUUGGAGAAAAAGCUAAACAAAACCGAGCGACUGCGCUUCCGAGAGGAGGCGGAUAUGCUAAAGAAGUUGCAGCAUCCCAACAUCGUACGGUUCUACAACUACUGGGAAGGCACGGUCGCCAAGAAGAAGAACAUCGUGCUCAUCACGGAGCUCAUGGUCUCCGGCACUCUUAAAACAUAUCUUCGACGCUUCAAACGCAUUAACCCGAAGGUGCUCAAGUCGUGGUGUCGACAGAUCCUUAAAGGGCUUAACUUCCUACACUCCAGAACGCCGCCUAUCAUUCACAGAGAUCUAAAAUGCGACAAUAUCUUCAUAACGGGCACGACGGGCAGUGUGAAGAUCGGCGACUUGGGGCUCGCUACUCUCAAGAAUAGGAGUUUCGCCAAGUCGGUUAUAGGUACGCCGGAGUUCAUGGCGCCCGAGAUGUACGAGGAGCACUACGAUGAAUCCGUCGACGUUUACGCAUUCGGAAUGUGCAUGCUGGAGAUGGCCACUGGGGAGUACCCGUACAGCGAGUGCAGUGGGCCCGCGCAGAUCUACAAGAAAGUUGUCUCGGGCGUGAAACCACAAAGCUUGGAGAAGGUCUCAAUACCAGAAGUGAGAGACAUCAUCGAGUCUUGCAUCAGGCCUAAUAAAGCUGACAGGCCAAAAGUAAAGGAUCUGCUUAACCACGAGUUUUUCGGCGAGGAUAUUGGUCUGCGGUUGGAGAUCGUUAGCCGGGACCUCGUCACUUCCUCGGACAUCACCAAAAUACAGUUCCGGUUGAAAAUCAUCGACCCUAAGAAAAGGUCGUACACACACAAAGAAAACGAGGCGAUCCAAUUCGAGUUCGACAUGGAAAACGAUGAUUGCGAGGAAGUUGCUAAGGAUAUGGCUAAAGCUGGUCUCAUCAUGGAGGAAGACGCCCGGAUCGUGUUCAAGCUGCUCAAGUCGCAGCUCAUCAGUCUCAACCGCGAGAGGAGUGAAAAAAAGGCCCAAAUGCUGUUCAACCAGGAGAUCAUCAACGAGCAGAAUCGACAGCAGCAGUUGCUGUUGGAACAGCAGCUGAGACAGGUAAAAAUGAUCCAGAACCAACAGCAAGCCGGUCCUGUGGAUCAAGUGAAGGCAGGUCUUCUUAACGGCGUGGGCUCGCAGCCAAACCUAACAUCCGUGCAACUGGAUCAGCAGUCCCAACUGCUGCAAGCCCAGCAGCAGCUGUUCCAGCACCAGUUCCAGCAGCACCUCAGCAACGAGGAAAAGGCCAUGAAGCUGUUCCAGCAGAACCUCAUGCAGUCGCGCGCGUCGCCCAGCCUCUCCGCCGACCAGCAGCUGUUCCAGCAGCAGCAGCAGCUGCUCGAACAGAACCUCAAACAGCAGGUGAUGAUGGAACAGAAUCUCAUUAACCAGCAGAUGUUGGAGCAGACCGUCACCAACCAGGUGCUGAUAGAACAGCAACACCAGAACCUCCUUGAGUCCCAGCAGACCCCGCUGCAGCCGGGCCUACUCAAUCAGCAGCUGGUGGCCAACGAAAUCAACAACCAAAACCAGGUGUUGCAGCAGCACAUAAUACAGCAACAACAGAACAUCAUCGCCCACCAGGCGGCGGCCAUACAGCAAAAACAGCUGGAGGAACAGCUCACGGCCCAGGAGAACAUCAUAACCGGACCGCAGCCGAGCCAAGUUUUGGAUCCAUCUCUUCAAACGUUACAAAAUAUACUGGCACAAAUCAUACACAGGCCGGAUCCGUUGCAGGCGAGGAAGGAUUCUGAAUCGGAACACCUGCAACAGCAGCAUCAGCAGCAGCAGCCGGUUCAUCAGCAGGUCGUCAGUCAGCAAACGGAAAGCGUCGACGUCCAGCCGACGACGCAGCAAGAGACGGACGCCGCCCACCAAAGUAAAAAUUUCGUUAACGCCCCAGUUCAUCAGCAUCCCACUAGUCAAGGUGCUAGUUUCCAACCGAAUCAGCAGUUCAUCCAGCCGAACCUGCUCACCGCGGUGGUGGACCCGGUCAUUAUGGUGCAGCAGCAGCAGGUUGCGCAGGCGCAGCAGCAGGUGGCGCAGGCGCAGCAGCAACUCAACAUGCAGAAGCAGAUGCUGGCGCAGCAGCAGCUCAUGCUGCAGCAGCAGCUGAUCACGCACCAGCAGCUGACGAUGCCCGGCCAGACGCUGUCGCCGCAGCACAUACGGAACCUGCAGCAGCAGCAAUACCUGGCGCAGCAGGAGAUGCAGUUGCAGUCGCAGCAAAACUUCAUAGACCAGCAGAACCUGGCGCUGUUGGCCCAGCAGCAGCAACUCAUGGGCCAGCGGCAGCAGGUCGAGGAGAUGUUGCGCUCGCAGCGGCCCAUGUACACUCGUCAGGGCUCCGAGCAGAGCCAGAUGAGUGCUGCCGACGUUCACGAUCAGCAGCAAACAUUAGUGUCGGAUCAGUACCAGCAAAAUCCACCGCUGCAGCCACAGAUGUCCGUAGAUCAAAUGCAAUUCCAAAAUCAACAACAGCAGCAGCAGCAGCAACAACAGCAGCAUCAGCAACAACAUCAACAACAGCAACAACAACAACAGCAGCAGCAGCAACAACAGCAAUACGUUGAAAAACAAAUGCAAAAGCAGCCGUCGGAAGAGCAAUACCACCAAGUGCAUCAGAUGCAGGGUCAGUCAUUACCGCACAAUAUGGUGGUCCAAAAUUUCAACCUGGUACAGCAGAACGAGAGGCAGAUAUCUAGUCAUGAAGGCACACCUGUGCAGAAUUACCCUGCCAACCCUCUGCAGAUGUAUCAGCAAAAUCAACCCGUUCAAACUAUGCCCAAUAUGGCAUAUCAGGUUGAGUCCACAAUAGCAACCUCAGUUCCUACUUCAUUACCUCAAAAUCCGCCCGCGACACAUUACCAGCAAGUCGAAAACGUUCCGGCGACUUUGCCCGCUCAAAUACAGGACGCCCCAACAAGCCAACCCCCCACUAGUCAAGUUCCUCAGACCGGCCAAGCGCCGGAGAUGGUCCCCCAGCAGCUCAACAUCCAGCCCGAGGAAGGAAUGGCCAACGGCAGUCAGAAGGAGCAGUUCCAUACGCCAUUGACGGAGUUUCCGUCCGGCGCUACGCAUCAAGAGGCUAUACGGCAACCGGAAUUGAGUUCUGUGGACGAAAAACAGGCGGAGCAACUGGAGGCGGGCACAGCGGUGCCUUCGCCUAUAUCGGGCGAAAAGAAAUCGCGGGGUUCGAAAAAACGUUCUCGAGAGAAAGAGAAAUUCCCGCGACUCACCAUUCUCACUGUCAGCGACGAUAACACCGUGGUCGAGUGUUUGCUCGAGUCCAAAUCUAAGACUGUCACAUUCAAGUUCCACGUGCCUGAUGUAAAUCCCGAGGAUCUGGCCAGCAAUUUUGUGGCGAACAAUUUACUACCUGAAGGGCACAGCAGCGCAUUCAUGGAGUUGCUGGGCGACAUCGUGCGGCAGCUGAGGGACCCGGGCGCGGCCAAGCCACCGCUGCCCUUCGCGCAGUCCGAACGACUUAGGCUCAAUAUAGACAAGUCCGACUACGACUCUGAGACGACGGAGCGCGACGACAACCUGACGGACUCCAACCAGGACAACUCGGAGUGCACCACGCCCACCGCGUCGCAAGACAGCAUCGCGCUGGCGGAGCUGGUCGACGAGCCCGAGCCGCCGCCUCUCGCGCACGAGCCCCGCCCACCCGCGCCCAUCCCCGCCGUAGCCCGGAAAAUCAGCACCGCGUCUUCCAUAGGUUCUAAUCAAUCCGACGGCGGGUCGGUAGCGGAUCGAUCGGGUAGCACAGAGUCGAACGGAGAACGAAAAUCACAAAAACCCACUCGUAAGAUAUCGAGAUUUCUAGUCAGCCCCGUCGUGGACCGCGGCGAGGACGUACCUGAGGAGAAGGGGCCCGAGCGGACCGCCACAGAUAUGGAGAAGCCGGUCGAAGCGCCCAAACUCGUCGAAACUACCAAAGAACCGCCCCGGGAACAAGUCAACGGCUUACCAGAACCGGAAAUCGCUCCCACGCAACCUGAAACACAAAUGAUACAAUCGGAACCAAUACAGAAACCUAUACAGGAACCGGUACAGAAAUCGGUGCCGCAAACCGUUCCAGAUAACUUCGUUCCUACGCACCAGUAUUCUCUUACAAACCAGUUAUCGCAUACUCCACAAACGAUGACUGACCAUAGACCUGAAGUCAAGCAAAUGUCCACUGAACAAAAUGUGCAGAUGCCUCAGAGUACAGCGCCGCCGAUUUCAAGCUCUAUGCUCAGUAACUUGCCGUCGACAAUCCCUCAAACGAUGCCUUUUCAGGGUAUUAACCACACGUUACUCAAUGGUGGAUUACAACCGAGCCUGACAAACUUAACUACGCCAUUACAAAUAGCAACGGACACCCCCUUACUUGGCUUAAGUCAAGUGGGGACGCCGGUUGUUGGCGGGGACUUGGGGUUGAACUUUGGACUGGCUCAAGUUGCCCCAGGGCUCGUAGACCCCAUGGCACUGAGCAGGCUUCAGUUGGGGCAGCCGACGCUGACGCCGAACACGGGGGUCAAUGACACGUUGGCGAACGCGGAAAAUAUUCAGCGGAUGUUGUUAAAGCAGAAUAUUAUAAAUCAACAGCAGAAUCUCUCUGGCCCCAAUCUUCUGGGGCUCCUCAACCAACCGCAAUUCCCGCAACCAGAACUCGGGCUCCAUAACAACUUGCUGAAUACACAACCUGGCGCGGCGGGCCGGCUGCCGUACGCGGCGCCGCGGUACUACCAACCGAUGCUGGCGACGGCCAACGACCUUAUAGUUCAACAGCAAGCGCUUCAAACGACUGUCAACCAAUUCAACCAGCCUAUGGGUCCCGCUUUCGCGCUGGGCCUGGGCCUCGGGUCUCCGCUUCAGGCAGGCCUGGGCGCGCAGAAUCUAGCCCUCCAACAGAACAUAGGCCUCACUAGUCAGAACUUAGCUCUCAAUCAAAAUCUUAUGGGGCAGAAUCUUGGACAGAACUUAGGCCUAGCGGGCCAGAAUUUAGGUUUAGGUCAGAAUCUCAUGGGGGGGCAGAGCCUGGCACUGGGUGGCCAGGCUUUGGGGCUCGGAGGCCAGAACCUGUCCCUGAUGAACCAGAAUCUUGGCCAUCUGGUGGCGCAGAGGGCUGUACACAACGCGUUGGCGAAGCGAGCCGUUGAUAUGGAAAUUGGUAUGACAAACCUAAAUUCAACAAGUUCGACGCAACCCGGAUCGCCCAACAAGACCCAAACCUACAACGAAUACAUGAUCACGCUACAGAACAAACGAUCCUCUAUUUCCAACAGCGGCCCACUAUCACCUCAAUCCCCGCUGGAGUACAGUCCGGCGAUGUCGCCUACUCAGCGGCAGUUACACGGGAUCGCUCACAAGCGGGAGGUGUUAGAUGUGGAGGGGGUGUCGGCAGCGGGAGUGGAAGCAGAGGUGAGCCACGCGGAACAGCUGGCCCGGCUCGACCACCAGCUGAGCAAGAUCAGCUUACAAUACAAGCAUGGCGCACCUAAGGAUGCUUUCGGCGAACACAGCGAAGAAGUUCUAGCCGGUGAGAUCGCAGGCCCUAACGUUCCCACAUAUGAAGAAAAAGAUGGGCGGUGGGUGGUGUCGCGUGCGACGCCGCUGCGCAACUACGCGCUGUGUAGGCUGCUGCCCGAGCACGCUGGGCAUCUCACGCACGACAAAGAAAAACUCGAUCUAUCACAGACACAAUUCGCAGGUGAAGCCGACGAACUAUCGUGCGACAACACGUCGCUGUGCGAGGAGGGCGCGGACGCGGGCGACGCGGGCGCGCGGGGGGAGGCCGAGGCGGACGUGGGGGAGAGCGAGGCGGAGGACUGCGAGACCUACGUGCUGACGGACCGGGCGCGCGCGCGGUGCUACGUGCUAGAAGACGCGCUCGCCUCGCGCCGCCACACCAUCCUCGACCCCGCGCCACGCCCACCCACGUCAAAGCAGAGUCCCGCGGAGGCGGUGGAAGAGCGAGACCGCAGCUACCUGAUCUUGGACCCGCUGCGGGACAUGACGUGCACGGUCAUCGAGCGCACUCUCAGCUUAGACGAAGAAUUCCUGCCCUUCGUGGAGAAGAGGUAUCAACCCGCGCCCGUGGAGGGCGAGAAGGUUUCCGUAAGCGAGGAGCUAGGCAAAUGGCGGGAAGUGGAAGGAAGCGGAUGGGUCGAGGGGGGAUCCGUUGUGGGCGCCAACCCCCCUCGAUUAUUGAAAGAUGUUGCGGUCGCGGAUUUGCGAGCCGACCUCUUUAUCGACGAGGCGCUCACGGACAAAGCGCUGUGCCGGCAGCUGGUGCUGGUGAGCGUCCGCGGCGCGCGCUCGUGACGGGGCGCGGCGUCUGUCACCUUGUACCUUAUACUAUAUUUAUUGUGACGUACCUCCUGUAGCGUACUGUACCAUACACCUACACUAUAUCUAUACUAUACUAUAUCAUUACAACGUUACGUUAAUUAAUUAAAUAUUCAUAUGUGAUAUCCUGA